AUGAGAAACCACACAACAAUAAGUACAUUCAUCCUUCUGGGUUUAACAGAUGACCCACAACUGAAGAUUCUGAUGUUUCUAUUUCUACUAAUUGCCUACAUGUUGAGUGUAUCAGGAAACCUUAUCAUCGUUCUUCUAACAGUGGUGGAUUCCCAUCUCAAAACUGCCAUGUACUAUUUUCUCAAAAAUUUCUCCAUUUUAGAAAUCUCAUUCACUUCAGCCUGCAUCCCUAGAUUCUUAUACAGUAUAUCUUCAGGUGACAAGAAUAUUGCCUAUAAUGCUUGUAUAUGUCAACUCUUUUUUACAUACCUGUUUGGUAUAACACAAUUUUUUCUCCUGGCUGUUAUGUCCUAUGAUAGAUAUGUAGCUAUCUGCAAACCCCUGCAUUAUGUGACCAUCAUGAACCACAGGGUUUGUCAGAGACUUGUGUUCUGCUGUUGGAUGAUUACAUUGUUGAUGAUUUUCCUGCCCCUUAGCUUGUUGCUGGGUCUGGAAUUCUGUGACUCUAAUGUCAUUGACCAUUUUGCCUGUGAUACUAAUGCUAUCCUUAAGAUCUCAUGCUCAGAUACCAGAUUCAUAGAGAAAUUGGUUAUUAUUUGUUCUGCAUUUAUCCUCAUAGUGACUCUCAUGUUUAUGGUAUGGUCCUAUUCCUGCAUCAUCCAAACAAUUUUAAGUUUUCCCUCUGCCCAGCAAAGGAAAAAGGCAUUUUCUACCUGUUCUUCCCAUAUUAUUGUGGUUUCUAUAACUUAUGGCAGUUGUAUCUUUAUCUAUAUAAAGCCCUCAGCAAAAGAUGAAACAGCCAUUAAUAAAGGGAUUGCAAUAUUGACUACUUCCAUUUCCCCCAUGCUAAACCCAUUUAUUUAUACCCUGCGUAACAAACAAGUGAUACAAGCCUUCAAUGAAUUAUUUAAAAAAUUACACUGCUUUCAAGGAAAGUAA